AUCUUUUAAAACGCCAUUUUCAACUUCUUUUUAUUGUGAUGUUGCCUUCACUCGCUCUGUGCUAACGUUAGUCGCGUAGGCUAAUCGUUUUAGUAAGGUGGUUUUCUCUAGUUAACGUCUCUAAAAUUGGAAGUUCUAUUUUAGGACAACACUACGAUCAGCCAAUCACGUUUUAUCUUUUUACCCCCACCUCCUGCUCGCCGCACCGCGCUCCGCCGCAUUGUGAAUUUGUUGUGAACGUGGUCGCCAUUUUGUUUUCAUCCAGACUUCGUUACGUCAAUACGUAUUUAAUUUGGCUGGAGAAAACAGAAUAAUACUACGUGACUCUUUUCCAAUAAACUUCUACAUGCGAUCUGUACGUGUGGUGAUUGCAGUCACAAAGUGAUAACAGUCUUCAGUGCUUUGAUAUUCGCGAUAACUGUUUCGUUAAUUACAGUGAUGUGCAGUUGAAGAUUGUGCUUGGCAUGGUGACAUCAACGACUUGGGUCGUCGUUCAAGAUGUCGAAAGAAGUAGCAGAAGAGUAUGCCUCGAGUUUGUCGGACUUGACGGUCAACAGCAAACCGCUAAUAAAUAUGCUGACGAUCCUCGCAGAAGAAAACAUCGACCACGCCGGGGUUAUCGUUGAAACAGUGGAAAAGCAUUUGGAGAAGGUACACCCUGACAUCAAGCUGCCUGUACUGUAUUUAGUUGAUUCCAUUAUCAAGAAUGUUGGUGGCGCUUACACACAGAAGUUUUCACAGAGCAUCGUCAAUAUGUUCACUCGGACGUUCAAACAGGUAAUUGUGAGUUACAUUGUACAUAUAACUAAUUGUGAUUUUUUUUUCCUUCUUGGCACUUUCUUAAUUGAAUAUAUUCCACAGGUUGAUGAGAAAAUUAGGUCACAAAUGUUCAAGUUGCGGGAAACAUGGCAUGAUGUGUUCCCUGCUACGAAGCUGUAUCAGCUGGAUGUCAAAGUGAACUUGAUCGACCCAGCGUGGCCCAUACAAGCACAGCCGCAGCAGUCAAACAUCCAUGUAAAUCCAAAUUUUCUGAAAAAGAGUGUUCCCACAACGAGUAACAACACUCCUGCGCCAGUCGCGGUGGAAGAAGACGAGAAGAUGCGCAGCAUCCUCGCUAAGAAAGAGCAAGAACUCCUCAUGUUGCAGCGCAAAAAGGUGGAGAUGGAACUCGAGCAGAUGCGGCGGCAAGUCGAGAUCGCUGAGAAAACUGUGGUUAAAAAGGACCCGCCAGUGCCACCUGCGAAUAACACGUCCACGCCCGCCGCAGCGCCGCGUGUGCAGCCUGUUGUGCCUGAAGUCGUAGCUAACAGCGUUCCUGUCAAGCAACGACUGGGACCGCCGGUAAACAAGCCUGCGGGCCGCAUCGCCCCCGUGAGCGCGGCGCUGGCGUCCGCCCGGCGUGACCCGCGCCUGUCCCGCGGCGCGGCGGGCGCGGCGGCCGGCCCCCGCGCCGCGCCCGCGCCCCCGCCCGUGGCCGUGGUGGCGCCGGCCGCCAGCGCGCCGCCCGCGCCCGCCGCGCCGCUGGCCGCCAUCGCGCCCAACGUGUUCGACAUCAAGCCGCUGGAGCGCGUCACCAAGCGCAAGAACGUCAUCACCAUCGACGUGAGGCCCGAAGCGGGCGGGCGGCCGCGCCGCGACCCGCGCCUGGACAAGCGCGACCCGCGCCGUCCGCGCCCCGAGCGCCGCCGCCCCGACGAGCCCAAGGCCGAGCCCGAGCGCGGCCCCACGCCCGCCUACGUGGACUCGCUGCCGGACCCCAAGCGCAUCAGCAAGCUGCCGCCCAUCCCCAAGCUGCCGCGCGCGGACGCCAAGCGGCCGGCGUCGCCCGCGCCCGCCAAGCGCAAGCGCGAGCGGCGGCGCGAGCCCGACAAGCGCAAGCGCGCGCCCGCCGCCGCGCCGGAGCCCGAGCUCGUGGCCUUCAAGGAGCUGCGCAACUACCACAAGGAGCACUACAUGCGCCGCAACCGCGAGCCCGACGACAGCCCCGAGCCCGCCGAGCGACAAGAGCCCCCAAGUGUUCCGGAAGUCGUGACUGAAACUAAAGACGUAGAUCUUAGGGUAUUGCAUCCUGUGGUUACUGAGGCCAAAGCGGCUACCGUCGCACAGAAACGACCAUCUACUGAGGCUGUGGAAGUUAAAUCUAAGAAGAAUAAACUGGAUAAGUUUGAUGUCUUAUUUGGCAAUGAAGAUGUCGAUUUAAGACAACUUCCACAAGUGGAAGAGGUAAAUGCCCCACCGCCCCCCUCCAUCACCUCUUCACCGAAAUCUGACAAGACUGACGAUAUCGACGUAGCGAUGGCAAUCUCAUCACCGCCAAAGGGUUCACCCAAAAGAGAUUGGAAUGAAGUCAAGAAGAGAGACGAUAAGAAGACUCCCUCAAAACUAGAUCUUGUAAGAGCUAAGCUGGCCGAAGCGACGAAGGGCAAGGACAGAUUAGGCAGGCCUCUGCUGUUUAGUAAAUCACCAAGUAUCGAAAGAGAAAGGCGUCGCACACUCAGUGGCGAAGACGCCGACCUCAGGGUUGAGGACCAAGAAGAUUUCGAUGAAAACAAGAAAUCUAUUUCCAUAAUAAUGUCCCAGGCUAAGGAACAUCUGAACGACGGCCAACUGGAUAAGAACCAGUACAACACGCUCAUGUAUCAAGUGUUACAGCUCAAUGAAAAACUUAAGCUGAAAGAAGCAAAACAGAGGGAGUCUCUAGAGCUUUCUAAGAGAAGGUUAAAGGCCCAAACUAAAGAUGAGAACAAUAAAGUUUCGAGCCCCAAGUCUUCACCAAAUGAACGAAACAGAUUUGGUGAUAUCGACGAAAGAGUCACACCUUCCGUUUUCUUAGACACUCCGCCAGACAGUCAGGGAUUGUUGCAAGAUUCUGACAUGAGAGUCAAUUCGGAUGGUGUAGACGGUGGCAAGUCGAAAGGUUUGUUGCCGCUCCCGCCGGUGAUGCCGAUGUUCGGGCCCUUCCCGCCGAUGUGGCGCGGCCAGCCGAGGCCGCGAGGGGACGAGUAUGGACCAAGAAGGUUUAGGGGCCCACCCGUACCACCCUUCUUUAGAGGAAAGUUCGAUAAACGAGGGCCAAGACCACCUUUUGACCCUCGUAUGCCUAUGUCAAUGCCGAUGCCUCCAUUACCGACCCCGAAAAUGGGUAUGUGCCAAGGAGAAAGUCCCUUAGUUCCAUAUGAAAGAAGCGAAUCCCCGCCUCCAUUAGGAGCACCGGGCUUCGCUAUUCCACCCACAGACUUCAAAGUCAUCGAAUAUAUUGACCAAGAUCCGUUUAAAACUAUUCAAAUCGACGGCGUCCAUAGAGAAAUCAGAUUCUACGGAGACACAGCUGUUAUUAUGUUAGACUGGGAUGAUCCCAGAGAAAUUAAAUUCCUGCCUGGAUGUCGACGGAUUACAUUUGAUAAUAAGGACUCUAUAGUAUUAAAUUUCAAUGAAGGAUAUAAGCAAGUGGAGAUUGACGACCAAGUUUUUGACAUUAAGUUCGGAGCGCCGACACGGGAACUGUACAUCAAUGGAAGAUGGUACGAAUGUUUCUUCGGCGGCCAACCUGUUGGUGUAAUUAUUGAUAACAAACCUAGAUUAGUACAUUUAGAAGGUCCCAUGCCUCAAGUAGAUAUUGGUAAGAUGAAGCGCACAGACUUAGUAGCAGGGAAAAUCAAUCUUAUUGUCAAUGCAACACAAAUGCAUCCAGUUUACUUAGAUGCGAAGGUGCAGAAGAUUUCAGUCAAUGGACAGUUUUUGACCGUUCGUUUCGUAGAUUCUUUGAGAACUGUGUUAAUUAAUGAACAACCGUUUAAAGUGGAGUUUGGUGAUCUACCGAAGCCAAUUGUUGUAGGCAGUGAGAAGUACUUUAUAAGAUUCUCGGCUCUCCCGCGGUACGUGAAGCCUGGCCUUGUCCAGAUUGCACAAAUGGAAGGCGUUGGUUUGCCUGUAGUGCCGUCGGGUACUAAAAAAGAAGAAAAUAAAGCAGAAAACGCACUGGAAGUGGAUAAGGAGCCAGUAGAGCGGCCCAUGAAUACGCCUAGCCCGGAGAUCAAUCCAGAAAGCUUAGGACUGGAUAUGCUGGCCAGUGUUAUGCCCUCAAGCAUGGUCCCAUCCUCAGGAUCAGAAUAUAGUGUUGCUGAACCACUAUUCUCAAAACCAGACAGCAUUCCAGGCUUGGAAUCUGUAUCAGAAGAGAAACCAGCUAACCCAGUGUUGCCAGUACUAGGGAACAUCAACGUUAAUGAUCUGUUCGCCAAGUUGGUAGCCACUGGGAUUGUGCAGGUGGCUAAUGACGUGAAGGAAAAGGAAGAAGCCAAGGAAGAGGUCAAAACUAAAUCGAGGGAAGACAGAAAUAUUAUUCAUAAAGUUGAUUUCAUGAGGCCUGAGACUUUCAGAGUUAAGCAGCCGGGGCUGGUGUCGCGGCUGUACGGCGGCAUGCAGUGCUCGGGCUGCGGCGCGCGCUUCCCGCCCGAGCACACGGUGCGCUACUCGCAGCACCUGGACUGGCACUUCCGCCAGAACCGCCGCGACCGGGACUCCGCCCGCCGCGCGCACUCGCGCCACUGGCACUACGACCUGUCCGACUGGGUGCAGUACGAGGAGGUCGAGGACCUGGAGGAGAGAGAGAAGAGUUGGUUCGAGACGGGCGGGCUGGCGGGCGCGAGCGCGGGCGCGGGCGCGGCGGAGGCGGAGGCGGAGGCGGGCGCGGAGGCGGCGGACGCGCCCUCCGCCGCCGCGUCCGCGCCCGCCACGCACUGCUGCGCGCUCUGCGGGGACACCUUCCACCAGUUCUACAACGAGGACAAGGAGGAGUGGCAUCUCAGGAACGCCGUCAAGCACGGCGACGACUACUACCACCCGCUCUGCUUCGAAGACUACAAGGCCUCACUCACAAAAGACGAGCCAUCACAAGAGUCUUCGGAUGACGUCACGCCUGUUGAAAAAGUAGAUGAAGAGGAAGCUAUUGAAAUAAAAGACGUGGAUGACACGGUUGAGGAACACUCUGACAAUGAGUCUGUGGUGGAAGUCGUGGAGACCGAGAAGGAAGUGCUGGAGUCUGUAGAAAUUGAUGAGGGCGAGGAGGACGACGUAGUGUUCAAAGCGGAGCCAGUUGAGGAGGUGGUGGUGGACGACGACGCCGACACUGACGACGAGCUCGCGGCCACGCGCAAGGAGAGGGACCGCCUCGCGGAGAUCGACUACUCCAAGAUUAAGGUCAAGCAGGAGCCCAUUGAUCCAGAUGACGAGCCAAUAAUCACAGCUGAAGAGGAAACAAUUAUGACUAAUAUCGAUACCACGCACGCCACAGUGGAGUCAUCUAUCGAUGGUAACCUGCAGUUGGACGCCGCCAACGCGCCCGCUAACACCAUCCCGCUGGGAGGCAUCCGCAUCAACAUCUCUAAGGCCUUACCCGCCUUCGUCUUUCCGCAGGAAGAUAAAAUGUUAGAGGAUAUUAGUGCUGAUGAUGAACCAUUGCCCCCUGGCGAAGAACCAGAAUUAGAAUACGAGCUGAAACCCGAUAUGAAGGAUAUUCAGUUCAGCAGACAGCCUCCCGUCAUUAGGGGCAAUGAAUUGUCAGGACUAUGUUCUAUUAUGUAGUCUUAUCUAGUUAAAAUUCAACAUAACAUGUAUAUUUUGUUUAUGUAACGGUCCAUAUUUCAUUGUUACUUAAUAAACUCAUAGUCAAGUUUAGUAUAGAUUAUAAAACAUAAUAAUCAAAUGGGGACAAGAAUCGAAAUUAUAGCAAUAAAUCAGAAUGAUACAAUUGACUAUAACUAAAGAAAAUUAUGAAAUGUUGAAUCAAAUGACUGAAUUAGUUGCAUUAGAUGGUAAUGUUAAUAUUAUGACACAUGCUCACAUUGAAUUGAUUGAUUUAAGGUUAGGCCUAGAGGUUUUUCAUAGGUUCCUAAUUAAAGCUUGGGCUAUAAAACAGUAGUUCAUACUUCAUAAAUACUAUGCACAAAGUGAUAAAAAUACAGUAAUUUAUAUUUCUUUAUUAUCAUUUAUAUGAGCUUCAAUAGAACGUACGUUAAUUACGUAUGAGCACACUUCUUGUAAAAAAUAUAAGUUUCCAAAUUAUUAGUUCUCUAACAUAAUUUAGUUCUUUUUAAAUAUAGAAGUUAUUUAGCUACCAAUAAUUAAUUGUUCCUAGCGACACAAUAAUUAAUGCAGGAAUACAGUAGUUGAUGAAUCGACAAUUAGAUUUAAAAUUACCCAAAGUUUCAACUAUUUUCUAUUCUUAUCACAAUUAUUGUAAAGUUGAUUAUUUCUUGUAAAGCUAGAAUAGCUGUUAUUUGAGAUUAUGAGGCUAGAAAUUGUUGACCCAUCACAUCAGUAAUUAAGGCAGUAUUAUAAGAAUUUAAUGAAUUACCUCUUGUAGUCGUAAUAGCUAUUUAUAACGUCGUCAAUACUAACGAAACUUAGUUUCAUAGCCAAUCUUAUGUGGAAACAUGGAAAGUAGAACUGACAUGUUAUAAUAUUAUUUUAAGCUAAGUAUAUCAUCUGCUCUUAAACUGCCACUUAAUAUUAAACUCUGUAUCUUUCCAUAUUAAUAUUAGAUCCCUAUUAUAAUGUUUGCCCCCUCUCGUUUACUUAAUAAUGUAUGUGUAUUGCCUACAUCUACUUUCCAUAUGUCUACAUUUAAGAAAGAAAACGAAAUGUGAUAUUAAACUUAAGUUAACAACUUAUUUUUACAGCGAAUAUGAGUUUUGUUUGAUGAAUUAAUUGUGAUUAUCUUGUAGUUAAUAUAAAUAUUGGUUUUGUUUGUACAUAUAGACAUAUUUUGUAAGGGUACAAAUUGUUAAUUUGCACUGUUUGUAUGGAUUUGAUUGGUGAGUGUGUAAAUAAUUAUAGAGAAUCUCUAUGUUUGAGGGUUUUUAUUUCAUUGAGUUUUUUGUCCACAUGAGUGGAUACCCACUUUAUAAAAAUAUUGAAAAAUUCUAUAAACAAAUAAAAAUAAUAAAUUGAUAAUAAAAAAAGAUUUUAAGUUAAUUUGUUCUACUUUAUGGUAAUCGGAAAGCACACAUUUUUCCUAAUCAAUUCACUUGAAGUGGACUUUUGAAUCACAUGGUUUGUUUGUUUAGUUUACAAUUUGUAAAUAAAUGUUUACAUCACUUAU